CUUACUGACAGCAGACUGCUGCAACCAGAGGAAACCGGUAACUGUGCUUUAACAACCCCGUCUGUGCAGGAGGACCUUCAGUUGUUGUUGUUCGUGUGAAGAGAUUGAUGAGAACCACAAUAAUCUCCAACUGGUGCUGUUUGCACGUAAGUGAUGGUGUGAGGACCCGGUGAGGGGAGACUCAUGCGCAAACAUGCGGGGUUUUCUCCCUUUGCUGUGCGUUCUGUGCGCCGCACAGGUCCAAGGCAUUUUCGACGGAAAAUGUCCGAGAAAAGACCCUCCCCCUGGUUUGUUGGUUGUAUCUCCGGGCAGUAAGUUGGUUUUGACCUGCAGUGGUGGUGUGGAGGUGAACGGAGUGAAGGUCAACAUUCACACAAACAACAGAAGAGGGAGUUAUUUUAAUGCAACCCCAACCACUGUAAACAUUAUAAGCAAAACUGGAGUUUUGAUGAAAAGCAAAACACAUACUGUGAAAAAUCCUGUAAGUGAGGGAUACCAGUCUAACUCAAAAUCGGCAGGAGAACGCAGAAGCCCUGGACGUACAGAGACAGGAUAUACAGCUUCUACCACCACUCACACAGUCCGGCCAACCAAUGCGAGCAGACUGCUGAAGGUUGAAUCCGACCGGGAGGCUGAGGAGAUGGACGGCAUCGGCGAUUAUGAGGAAGAGGAGGGAGCGGAGGAAGGGAGCAGAGUAACAAGAGGCAUAAAGUCAAGGCUACAGUGGAAGCGGAACGGUAGGACAGUGGGAAAAGGAGACAGAGACUGGGGUGAAAUCACAUUUGAGAGGAGUGAGGCUUCACUGUCUCUGUCCUCGGUAAGACUGACGGACUCUGGGAGGUACACCUGCCAUCACAGAGGCAGAGAGAGGUUCUCCUUAAAGGUAAACGUUGCAGAUCCUCCAGAGAAUCCCAGCCUGUCCUGCUACAAAAGGUCACCCAGCAGUAAGAUUCGCUGUGAAUGGGUGCCUCAGAAGCCCGUCACUGUAUGGCCUAACUGUUACCUCUUACUCAGUAAAAGCCCGACAGAUGCAUUUCUUCGAUCGCAGUGCUCAUACUCAUCUCGGCACUCCCGCUGUUGGUGUGCUCUGGAGCACAAUGAGGACGAGCAGAGAACCCUUCACAUGGCCUACCUGUGUGUUACGAGCAUCACGGGAAACGCCACCAGCGCCCUGCUGCACUUCCUACCUCUGGGCAUUUUAAAGCCAGACCCUCCAUCGUAUGUGACAGUUCGACAGGAGGAGGGACAGGAGAUGAGGAUGACCGUCACCUGGGGUUUGCCGAACUCCUGGAAGCCCCAAGACAACUAUUAUGAACUAAUCUACGAGAUCAAAUACCGACCUAAUAUAUCCUCGUUAUAUCAUGGGCAGAUACAGAUGGUAAAGAAGCGCUCCUACACUAUCACUGAUGCAAUGCCUGGUGUUGAGUACUUGAUACAGCUCAGAACCAAGGAAGAGUAUGAUGGUCAGUGGAGUGACUGGAGUAAACCUGUCUAUGCCAGCAGUUGGUUAUUCACGACAGCUAAAGGGUUGUUCGGGAAGGAUGAUCUCUCUUCCACAAUGUUCCCAGUAUACACAGACAACGAAGGCAGCUCUGAUACAGAUGAUGAUGUGUUUGAUGUUCCUGAACCAGUCCAAAGUGGUGCGGAGGUGUUACGUCAUGUCAUGUGGAUAUCUGGUUCACUUUCUCUCUUGUCGGUCAUUUUGGCUGCCUACAUAUUCAGACACAAGGACAGAUUCAUGCCUAAACUCCAGAGACUGAGUGUCGUCAUACAGUGUGGUGACUCUCCGCGGCCUCAGCCUUCUGCACCAACACCUCCAGAAGGACAGUCUCUGGUGACCUUUGCCCCUCCUCGUUACAAAAAAAACCCACAGAGGGAAGUGGAAGAAGGGGAAGAAGAAAAUAAAGAAGAACAGCGGCUGAAGGAGAGGGUAGAAGCCAUGCACUUCAACAACACAAGUUAUUUCUUUCUCCAUAGGGACUCAUGAGCAGGCAGGAAUGGGAAUAAGACUAGCCAGUGUCACAGAUGACUAAGGAUAAUGGACUUAAAAUUGUUAUCAUUCUCCAAUGAGCUUCUGUUGGAAACAAAAAUUCUACUAUUCUUUAACUAAUACCUAAAAUACCUCUCAUAGACUUUUUGUUGCCUUUGUCUCAAAACCAGCCUUUUACCUGCUCUUUCUCAAGUCUGUGCCAAGUGUGUUGAUGAACUGUAGACUAGAUGUAGGCCUCAUUAUAGGCCUGCGUCAAGCAUACUACCUCAUCUUCUGUUUGUAUAUAAUUUAUAUUAAGGUUUAUCAAAUAUGUCACUUGCCUCCUGCUCUUUCUGUUUAAACAUAUUCUUUACAAGGUUUGACAAGAAUUGCCAAAAGUUGCUGACAAAAGCACUGGUUGUUCAUCAGUUGUCCUCCCUUUUAGACUGAUUAGGCCGGGCUGAUUGUCUUGUUUAAGGUUCUGUGUUGGCCCCUGAACUCCAGGUUGUAGGACUAUUUACCUUGUAAAAAUAACAUCAACUGAUAAGACACAGGACUUAAGUUGGGUCCUGCUUUAUUAUCUGAUCUUGAGCCUCUGUCUUGAAGGGAACCUCUGUGACAAAAUAUAGUUUUAAGACCUCCA